AUGUCGCUUUACGCCAAGAACUCGACCUUUAUGUUUGUGUACGCCCUGUACGUUGAUAUCUAUGCAGGUAUCGAAUGGAAAGCGGAUUCUCCUGAAGCGAAAAAAGUCAUUAAAUUCUUAAAAGAAGAAAUGGGUGUAACCAAGAUUCGUUUUGAAGAUAACUGUGGGAUUGGUAUUAAACCUGUAUCGAAAGAAGGUACUCAGCGUUUAGUGCGUAAAGCGAUCCAGUUUGCGAUUGAUAAUGAUAAGCCAAGUGUAACUUUAGUGCAUAAAGGCAACAUCAUGAAAUAUACCGAAGGCGCGUUCAAAGAGUGGGGUUAUGAACUGGCAAUUGAUCGUUUUGGUGGCGAGCUGAUUGAUGGUGGCCCGUGGGUAAAAAUUAAAAAUCCAAGAACGGGUAAAGAGAUCAUUAUUAAAGAUGUGAUUGCCGAUGCAUUCCUUCAACAAAUCUUAAUGCGUCCUUCUGAAUACUCUGUGAUUGCGACACUUAACUUAAAUGGUGACUAUAUUUCUGAUGCCUUGGCAGCUGAAGUAGGUGCACCAAAAUAUGCGGGCCAAGAUAAAGUCAAUCCAGGCUCUAUUAUUCUUUCUGCGGAAAUGAUGCUUCGUGAUAUGGGGUGGAUUGAAGCUGCUGAUUUGAUUAUUCAGGGCGUAUCGGGAGCGAUUGCUGCGAAAACUGUCACCUAUGACUUUGAGCGAUUGAUGCCAGGUGCAACUUUGCUCCGCUGUUCUGAAUUCGGUCAAGCAAUCAUUGAUAACAUGGAUAGCUAA